AUGUCCCCCUUUGCAGAUGGGGAGCAGAGGCAGGGCAUCGGUACCAGUCACACGUCUCGGACCUAUGUGGACCCAUCCACCCCCUUUCACUCUAUCACGGCCAACAUCAUCUGCUCCAUCGUCUUUGGGGAGCACUUUGAUUACCAGGACCCCAAAUUCCUACAGCUGCUAAGUUUACUUAAUGACACCUUCAAUAUCCUCAGCUCUUUCUACAGUCAGGUGUUUGAACUCCUCUCAAGUCUCCUGAAGCACUUUCCUGGCCCCCACAAGCACAUGCACAGCAACAUCCAAGAGCUGAAAGAUUUUAUCACUGAGAACGUGGAGCAGCACCGAGAAACGCUGGACCCCAGUGCGCCCCGGGAUUUCAUUGACUGCUUCCUGCUCCGCAUGGACAAGGAGCGCCUGGCUCCCGGGACCGAGUUCACCCACAAGAAUCUGGUCCACACGGUGCUGUUCUUUGCUGGUACCAAGACGUCCAGCACCACCCUCUGCUACGCACUGCUGCUUUUCCUGAAGCACCCCGAGGUCCUAGAGAAAGUCCAGGCGGAGAUCGACAGAGUGAUCGGCCGUCACCGACUUUCAUCUCUCGAUGACCGAGCAAGGAUGCCGUACGCGGAUGCUGUCAUCUACGAGGUCCAGAGGUUCAGCGACCUCACCCCGAUCGGUGUCCCUCACCGCGUCCUGGAGGACACCGACUUCCGGGGAUAUCAUAUCCCUAAGGACACAGACGUGUACCCCCUGCUUGGCUCAGUCCUCAGGGACCCCAAGUACUUCCGCUAUCCACAUGCGUUUAAUCCUCAACACUUCCUGGAUGAACAGGGAUGCUUCAAGAAGAAUGACAUCUUUGCAGUCGCCUCCUCUGGAAAGCGCAUCUGCGUGGGGGAGGCCCUGGCCCGCAUGGAGCUGUUCCUGUACUUCACCUCCAUCCUUCAGAACUUCUCCCUUCGACCCCUGGUGCCUCCUGCAGACAUUGACAUCACUCCCAGGAUCUCGGGGUUUGGAAACAUCCCUCCAAAUUAUGAGCUCUGCCUUGUGGGUCGUUGA